AGUUGAUGUCGAUAAAGACAAAGGAGAUCAGUUGAGAGAACAAAAUUACACUACCAGUACAAGGCGAUAUCAAGAUUCGAGACACCUACAUGAACCAUCAGGAAGGGCCUUGCCGUGCCGCAGAAGACCACAAGAGAAAUGAGAAAAGAUUAAUGUUUAGAAUAAACAUGCUGUGUGUAUUAUACUGGAUGACUCAUGACGGUUGAAGUACUUUCGAAGCUGUAGAGCAGAGUUAUGGAAUAUAUGGAACACGCGGACGCCAAAUCAACUAUCUUUGUAAUAGCAAGGUAUGACACAAAUCGACAGCACAGCACAAACCGAUCUUGGUAUCAGCGACCACGAGGAACUGUUACUGCCCUACAAGGCGAUCUACUCGCAGCUCCUGGACACAAUUCGCGAAGUUGUGACACAGACCCUGGAUUCUGCCUACGGUACCGGGGCACCCCACAUCACCACAGAAGUCCUGGAACUCGCCCUGAAGGACAACCUCAGCUCCUUCGUUGGCUCCCCCGAAAAGACUUCCAUCAUCCUGAAGAAAGAAAGGGUUGGAGGUGAAGCUAACUUGGAUCCUAAGAUCCUGAAGAUGUUGCAGAACAACAGCGGUGUCCAGCAACAACCGGACAUCUUCAACCAAACUACCAACCAGCUGCUGAAAUUGAUAGAGCUAAACUCCCUGAACUCUGACUUGAACAAGACUCAGAGCAAACCUUACGCCCAGUUCCUGGGCUACCCCAACUUACCUCUCCACAAAGUUAACCCUUACUCUAGUCUUCUCAACCAGCAAAACAAUCUGUUUAAAGCGAGAGAGACCGCUCCAGCAGCCCCCUUCAACCCUGUCUCCAAACCCUUCACUCCCCCUCUCAUUCCUUCUCUACAGAAACAGUUCCUAGCUAACGAACCAGCUGUAGGACCCAAGAUAUUCUCUCCUGGUGUUAUCAAGAGCGAGGAUACUAACAGGGUGUCACCAAGCAAGUCACCUCAACAAGCCUUUCACACCGGCACUGAGACAAAGAGCAUCUUCUCCCCCAGUUCACCCUUCACUUCUGUGGCCGCCAGCAAAUCUCAGACCAUCUCCUCCUCCGCCAACUCGAGCCCUGUCUCCCUGGCUAAUUCUCUACAACAGCUCCAGAAUUCCAUGUCUGGAGGCAACAGACCAAUGUCCAGCACUGUUUUUACCCAGCAGUCUCACCUCAACCACCCCUCUCUGUCUCUACCUAGCAGUCUGAGCUCAGCUGCUCUCACCAACACCACCAACAUGCUCCUCUCCAACGGCUCCAACCUCCUCAACAACUCUCCUGCAACUACCAUGAGCAACAUGGAGGUCCACCAGAACUUCAUCAAGCAGAUUAACCUGCUGAACCAGACAGCGCCCUCCAUGCUCGGACAGAAGCUCGGCAUUGCUGGCCAAGACAAGGCAGCUAAGGAUAUUGAGAAAGUCCUAAUGGACAUUCAAGUGAACAUGACAAACAUCAAGCCAGACCCAUGGGGCCAAGCUAAGGAUAAGCUCUACAAGUGUCCCCACUGCGAGACUGCAUUUGCUAGACGUCAAUAUCUCAGUAACCACAUUAUAAACGUGCACAACUUGAAGACCUGUCCCGAGUGUAAGACUACUUUUUCCAACGAAGAAGCGUUUAACGCACAUCUGGCAAUGCACCCCAAGAAAGAAUACGAGUGCGGGAGCUGUAACAAGAGUUUCAACAGUGUUUACCUCCUCAAAAACCACCGGAAAACGCACGUGAAGGACAAGCCCUUUGCCUGUAACAUUUGUGGCAAGACAUUUGCGGACAAGUACUACCUCCGCAAUCAUUUCUCCAUUCACUCUCCCGUUAAACCGUACAGUUGCCCGGUGUGCGGCCGCGGCUUCGCCAGCUCCUCCGCUCUGCGUUAUCACAGUUUCCAACACACGGGAGAAAAGCCCGCCAAGUGCCAGUACUGCCCCAGCGAGUUCGUUCAGAAGAACCAGCUUAAACUCCACAUCGCCCGGAAACAUAAGGAGCUGAUAAACAGUUUGAACCCCCUGCACGAGGGAGAUAUUAUCCCCGGCAACAUGUCCCUGGGUGGAUGUGGAUCUCCAGCCCACUCUCCAGCCCACACUCCUUCCUCAGCUACUCAUCAGAAACACUCCCCCAUAGUCCACUCCCCCACGACACAAGCCAACUCAGUGCAGCUCACUCCAUCCAAUAAUAUAAUGAACACUCCAACAGUUGCUCCAGCUCCCCCGCAACAACAGCCGGAAGAAGCCAUGCAGGUCGAUGGAGAGCAGAAACCAGAACCUAAAACUGAGACUCCCAGCGAGGCGCCCACUGUUGCCAUGGCAACUGAGCAACUGCAAGAACUCAUUGCCUCCCUCCAAAGAUCGUCAAAACAAGGAAGCAAGACCACAACUCAGACGACCAAAACUGAGAAGAAGAGUGAAACUCCAAACAAUUUCACCCUCUCCUCCCCCUUCUCCAAAAUAACUGACGGUAUCAACCAGUUAUUGGAUGGUAGUGCAGUAGCUGGUGAAACUGGUCCUGUUGAGACCAGUUGAAAGCAAGGGAGACAAGUUGAGAAACUGUGAGACUAGCUUGAGCUAGGUGAAGAAGUCUGAGAAAGUAUGUGAGGAGAAGACGUUAUUUGCUACUGAAGAUAAGACUAGAUAGAUAAGAUAAGAUAAGAUAAGAUGAGAUGAGAUAAGAUAAGAUAAUGAUAAUUUGUGUUUUACGUCUGGACUUUGAGGAUGGAUUAUGCAAAGAAGAACUAGCGAUUGGACUGAAUCUUUAUCGAACCUUAAUAUAUGUCAAUGUAUAUUUUGUUUUUAAAUUAAUAAAUUAAUUUCAUAUUUAAUUCUAUAAGUAUUGAGAAUUAUAUAAUCAUAAUAUUUAUCUAAUAGUUGAUUGGUUGCAGGGUAUUCAAUAUUUGCGACACGUUUUUUCGUUUUUGCCACGACCAUAUAAGGUAAUGUCAACAUGGUUACAUUUCCUUAUCAGGUAAUGGCAACAUGGUAACAUUUCCUUAUAAGGUAAUGUCCAAGCUUGUGAUGUGUAUUUGUUUUAUCCCUUGGAGAGCUGUCUCUCUGAAUUUUAGACUAUUUAUUUCGAAUUUAAUAUGUCUUUAAGUUUAUAGUAGUUAAGUAGUAUAGUCGAAUUGUUACAUAAUUGGAGAAAUGUCACGAUUAAGGGAACGUAUUUUGCAACUCCAAAAUUGAAUUUACGUUGAAUUUGAUAAUCGCGUAAAGUAAUUACCGUCAUUAUAUGAGAAUUUCAAUUAUUUUGUUAUAUUAUUUUCUCUUCUGGUAGCAGUAGUACAAGUAGUAUAUUCUGCUCGCAACAACAUGUGUAAACUAUUACUGUGUUACCUUUUAUUAUUUACAAGUAUAGUAUUUGUAGAUUUUAA